CCAAUUCGAAUCUGAGGUUAUCACUUGAUUCGCCCUAUUGAUUGAAGGACAUUCAUGAUACUUCUGUAUUAUUUCAGUUCUGUCAAUCAAUAUAAUAAUGAUAAAGUUACUUUUAAUUCUACUAGCUAUUUUUUGGAAUAUUUUUGUCGUCAGAGGUUAUUCUGGCCUGGUCUCUCCUAAAGAUGAGGCAUGUUUCCAAUGUAUUUGCAUUGCAUCCAGUGGCUGUAAUGACAUAUACGAGUGUGCCAAAAAAACAAUAAAUAAGGCUUACUGGAAUUAUGCUGGAGAGAACAUUGCUGGUGGAGAUGAAAAUAGACUGAAAGACUCCAAUCUCAAUUACCAAAAAUGUACGGAAGAUAGAAUUUGUAUAAUGAAUACAAUAUAUCACUACACCGAUAGAGUUCUAAGAACUCUUAAUAUGGAUGUCAACUGCGACGGUUUAAGAAACUGCGCUGACACUUUUGCUGCCCAUGUUUUUGGACUUCUCGCUCAAAAACCAGAAUCAAAAUUCAGUAUCGGACUAUCAAAACGUUUCGACAGAUGUCAAGGACAUGGGAUCAAGAACGUUACAGACAAUUGGUUUCCCAAAGAAUGCAAUUAUGUGUGAAUUGAUAAUUUGAAGAAGAGGAGAGUAUAAUUCGUUACAGAACUAAAGCACCAAACAUUUCAGAUCAAUGGGUGCUUCAUGUAUGAUGAUGUAUUGAUUUGUACUAACUGCUAAUAAUAUCUCUUAUAAUUAUUCACUUUUUCAAUAAUGUGAAAAAAAGUACCAAAACAUGUCAGAAAAACACUUGGUGAGAAGUUUUUGUGCGACUAUUCGAUAAUUAAACAAUUAUUUAAUGGA